CCCCCAGCCCGGUGUGCGAGAGUGUGCGUGUGUGUGCGCGCCGCGGGGCUCUCCUUGACGCACGCCGGGCAGGGGGCCCCCAGCCAGCGCCCCUCCGCUGGGUGCGCGCCCAGCAGUUUCUAUAGGAACCGCGACAGCGCCCGGGCCCCUCCUGCGGAGCCCGGGUGCGAGCAUGCCCAGUGGAAGCCGCUAGUUUGGCCCGGGUCUAGGUUUCCAGUAAGUGGCAUGCGGGACUCCGGAGACGUCCCAAUGAGCUGAGCCGAGAGUCUUUGUGUGCACAGGGAGAAGGAGGCGGUGGCCGCCGGGCCCGGAGACCCCGCCCCGGGGGCCCGGCAGGAACAAUGCUAGCCUGCCUAACCCGGGGGAACUUACUGGACGUCCUGCAGGAGGGCUUCAAUGAGCAACAGCUGCAGGCAUAUGUGGCCUGGGUGAACGCACAGCUGAAGAAGAGGCCAACAGUGAAGCCUGUGCAGGACCUGCGACAGGAUCUCCGGGAUGGGGUGAUCCUGGCGUAUCUCAUCGAGAUUGUAGCAGGAGAAAAGCUGAGUGGUGUACAGCUGAGUCCCAGUAACCAGCAGGAGAUGAAGAAUAAUGUGGAGAAAGUGUUACAGUUUGUAGCCUCCAAAAAGAUUCGUAUGCACCAGACUUCAGCUAAAGGUCAGUGCUUCAUCCUGUCCAUGGUAGGACCUCUCGGUCUGUUCCGAUCCUCAGAUAUCGUGGAAGGCAACCUGAAGUCUAUCAUGAGGCUGGUCCUGGCCUUGGCAGCUCAUUUCAAACCGGGCUCCAGCAGGACAGUGAGCCAAGGACAGGACGCCAGAGCCCCUCUGCAGAGUCACCAGCCACACUGUGCCACUGCUGUGGCCCAGGGAGCAGCUGCCGCCCUAGCUGAUGUGUGUCACGACAUGUCACGGUCAGGGCGGGAUGUCUUUCGAUACAGACAGAGGAACAGCAGCAUGGAUGAGGAGAUUGAGAAUCCAUGCUGGAGCGUGCGAGCCCUGGUGCAGCAGUAUGAAGGGCAGCAAAGGUCCCCGUCUGAAUCCAGCUGCUCCAGCCUGACUUCCCCCAGUCCUAUCCACAGUGCAAAGAGCGACUCCAUUAUAACCCAGUCGGAGGAGAAGGCAGAUUUCGUGAUUAUUCCCUCUGAAGGAAUAGAGAACAAAACAGAGGAGACAGACUCUCCAUUAUCCCGGGACUGGAGACCAGGCAGCCCCCGGCCCUAUCUGGAGACUUCAUGGGAAGAACAGCUGUUGGAACAGCAAGAACAUUUGGAAAAAGAAAUGGAGGAAGCCAAGAAAAUGAUAUCAGGAUUACAGGCCUUACUGCUCAAUGGAUCCUUACCCGAAGAUGAACAGGAGAGGCCCUUGGCCCUCUGUGAACCAGGAGUCAAUCCCGAGGAACAAUUGAUUAUAAUCCAAAGUCGUCUGGAUCAGAGUAUGGAGGAGAAUCAGGACCUAAAGAAGGAGCUGCUGAAGAAUAAACAAGAAGCCAGAAACUUACAGGGGAUAAAGGAUGCCUUGCAGCAGAGGCUGACUCAGCAGGACACGUCUGUCCUUCAGCUCAAACAAGAACUACUGAGGGCAAAUAUGGACAAAGAUGAGCUGCACAACCAGAACGUGGAUCUGCAGAGGAAGCUAGACGAGAGGAAUCGACUCUUGGGAGAAUAUAAAAAAGAACUGGGGCAGAAGGACCGCCUCCUGAAGCAGUACCAGGCCAAGUUGGAGGAAGCACUUCGGAAGCUCUCUGAGGCCAGUUACCAGCAGGUGGAUCUGGAGCGGGAACUGGAACACAAAGACGUCCUGUUGGCUCACUGUAUGAAAAGAGAGGCAGAGGAGGUGACCCACUGCAGCAGUCACAACCCUCAAAGCAAUGGUUUUCUCCUUCCAGUGGCAGGAAAAGGAGCUGCUUCAGUCACUCACAGAGGGAGCAGUGACCUGCAGCUUGUUCGGGAUGCCCUCCGCAGCCUGCGCAACAGCUUCAGUGGCCACGACCCUCAGCACCACACCAUCGACAGCUUGGAGCAGGGCAUCUCCAGCCUCAUGGAGCGCCUGCACGCCAUGGAGACCCAGAGGAAACAGGACAGAAGGGUUCGGGGCAAGUCACCCAGAACUCAAGCAGGUAGUGAAUACCGGGAGUCCUGGCCCCCUAAUUCAAAGUUGCCUCACUCACAGAGCUCUCCAACUGUCAGCAGCGCCUGCACGAAGGUGCUCUAUUUCACUGACCGAUCACUUACGCCCUUCAUGGUCAAUAUACCAAAGAGGUUGGGGGAAGUGACACUGAAGGAUUUUAAAGCAGCUAUUGACCGGGAGGGAAAUCAUCGGUAUCACUUCAAAGCACUGGAUCCUGAGUUUGGCACUGUCAAGGAGGAGGUUUUCCACGAUGAUGAUGCCAUCCCUGGAUGGGAAGGGAAAAUUGUAGCCUGGGUGGAAGAAGACCAUGGAGAUAAUUAAUGCUGAGUAUUAGAUUGAGGGCUUGUGGAACUUGGCAGUCCCUGGCUGCUUCACUCAGGAGAGAGGACGAAAACCAGAAUACACUAAGAAGUUUUUAGUUUGUGCUGCCAAAACAGAAGCUUCUCCAAGUGUGACAGCCAUAGGCCAGUCCUGUUUCUGUGCCUGGCACGUGUGGUACUUAAAGUCCCUGUCCAAAAGUAGACCAUGGGUUCUUGUGGAGUUCCUUGUCCGUGGGAACACAGUGUUUUAUUCUACUCUGAGGACAACAAACCGAAGGCCUUAACCAAUGGGGAUGGAUGAUCCCACUCCUGUAUGGGCAUGGCUGCUAUUAUCUGGAACCUGGGAACUGGAUGUAUCACUCCUGUGUGUUACAGUUUUAUUUUAAUUGGCCUCAGUGGUUGCAGCAAUCAGAGUACCAGCAUUUGUACUCACAGACAAGGUGAAGGUACCAGCUAUUUUGCUUCCUUGCAGCUAGUGCAAACCAAGAAUAACUCGUAAGGUGGUACCAAAGAUGAAAGCCCACUCUUCAGGAAUUUUUUGGACUGGACAUGGAUGGUGCUGAAUUGUUGAAUGGAUUGAAAAAGGGCUGCCCAUAUUGUGCUAUAUACUAUGCUAAAACCAUAAUUAAGUAAGACCUUGGGCUGCCUCUUGUGUCUUAACUGGUUUUGCAACUUGUCCUUUAGCCCACAGAGGGCAUAUUUCAUGUACUGCUCAUUUUCUCUGGGGACUCUUUAACGUUAGAGCCAUUUUUUCCCCUUCCAACUGAUGAACUUUGUGUUUGAAAGGAAUAAGGAGUGAAAGUCUCCUUUCAAAUCCAGGCGGGUAUGGAAAGGUGCUGCUACCCAUGUCUUCUUGACUUUCUUUCUCUCAUGACUUUCUUUAGCUCAUGGCAUCUCCUUUGCAGCCAAAAGGAAACAGACCAUUAGUUUCAGUAUUUGUGAUUUAUAAGUACUGAGCAUGAGUUACUGGUCUACCCAUCUUCAUUUCAAGGCCAGAGUUAUUUUCUAUUAUAUAUUUAGUCUAGGCUGAUCCUUUGGUCACAAAAGAAACCAUAGGGGCAUGAAGCAUGAGUUGUGAAUGGCAGGGUUGAUUCUGGGUGAUAACACCUAGAAUCCUUUCUCAUGUGCAACACUGUCAAGUGUAGAAGCUAAAAGAUUUAAACGUUCAGAGAUUACUUUAUAUCUUGAGUUUUCUCAUUCAUUCACCAAGCACCAUCAACCAAUCAGAUAUAUACAUAUAUAUCAGUCUCUCUGCCUGUGAUCACCAGUGUACACUGCCAACGAGAAGAGUCAGACAGAUCAGCUGUGGGUUCUUGACCUGUCUGUCUCUAGUUCAUCUCCCCUUUUCAGCCAUUUCAACAGACGACUGAUCGGAGCUCUGAGAUGACAUUUUGUUGUUUUAUAUAGAUGUGUCUUUAAGUUCACGUUUGGAGAAUUCUUUUCUACUCAUUUGCUUUUUGUCCAAGAACCAUGUCUAUUUUUAUAACUUGAGCGAGAGUUCUGUAUAUUCUCACAUUCUGUAUACUAUAUCCAUUUUCUAGAGAACCCAGUUGCUUUUAUACAGGCUCUUCUCUUCUUACCAGCCCUUGUGGUUUCAGAACAAGCUUUAUUUUAUUACAAGUAUACUAAUGACAGAUUACUCCUGUUCCAAUUCUACCAGCCAUUUUAGUUAUGGAGUUAGUUUUACGGAACCUAUUUGAUGGCUCCUCUAGCUGACAGAAGGAACUCAAGAGACACCUGAUGUCUUUCGUGUAAGUUUACCUGGUCUCCUCCUACUGAAGAAUGAUUUCUCAUCAGAAGUGACUGGGAAAAUUUGGGAAAGUCCUUUACAAGCAAGAAUAAUUCAUUAUGAAAGCAAACAGAAGAAAACAGUAUAUUCUCCAUUCCCCCCCAGGAAGUCUGGAGAAGAAGUCCUCAUGUCACCAGUUUCUCUGUUGCAUGAAUUUUAGUGUUUUGCUAUAAGACAGCAUGAGGGUUAUCAGGCCAAAAUUUGUUAUUGUAUUUUCAGUACAAUUUAUCUUGAACGUCUGUCGCUUAAAUCAGUUUUACUUGUCAGUUUUCUGUCAGCAAACAUUCUUACUAUUAUGUAGAAUUUAACUUUUCAGAGAAAAUUAAAUCAGAGAAAAUUUUCAGAGUCCUCUACCUUCUUUGUCUUUUAUCUUUAUGUCUUUUGGGAAAGGAGCUGCAUGGCCUUAGUGCCUCCAUAGAAAGCUUAAGUUGAAUUAAUAGCUCAUUAAUCUCAUAUGCCACGGGUGAUAACUAAGCACCCCCAUUACAGGAUGGCACACCAGAGUGUUUGUAUAAAAUGUGUUGGUAAUCCUCAUUCCAGUUUCUAAACAGAGGAGCCUUCUAGGAGGAGUGUGCAUGGAUUCAUUCCGGUUUGAAUUGUCUCCUAUUUGAUACACUAGGAGGCCUUUUGACUUAUUCAGACUAUUAUCCCCUACUGGCAUUUGUGUGGGAUAGUCCAUCCUGCUAGUGCUGAAGUUCCCUUUCUUUGAGAAAACUAAGGAACUAGAAUGUUUAGAGUUCAUGAAAUAAUCUCUAAACCUGAUUUAAAAAAUGACCCUCUCAUAAAAACUAAGUAAAAAGCUCAAUUCCUUAAACAGUCUUCAUUUAAAAACUGAAGACUGUUCUCACACAGUUAACUAAAGUAGCUGGAAUUGGAACACUUUACAAUUUCUACCUAAAGAAUUUAGGUUAAACUUACUUGGUAGUAUCAAUGCUGCUUACUGACCAACUUUCCAGCUCUUUUUGACCAGGAUGGUUGUAAAUUAAGGAAAAUAUCUUUAUACUGUGUAUUCAAUCCAAGAGGACUCUAAUUACUUAAAAUCAUUUAGGUCAUAAUAAUAAUAAUUUUCAUUUUUUCCAUAAACUAAGCAUUAUGAUUGCACACUCCUAUUGUCUGAAUUUAUGUAAGAGGUAUAGCUUGCUUAAAAUAUAUAUGUAAAGUUAUAUUUUCUUAGAAACAUGGAUGUUUGCAACCAUUGCUUUCAAAGAGAUUAUUACCAUGUAUUCUCUCUGUUUUACGUUUUCAUGAAGAUUGUGUUAUACCAGAGGCUUCUGAUUAUCAAAGUGAUAACCAGUUUUAACUGUCUGUAUGUACCAGAUUUGUGACCUAAUUUUAAAAAAACCCAGAAACAAACUAUGAAUAAAAUGGAGUUUGCAAA